GAUGUUAAGUAGUUCAGUUCUUAAAGUACAAAGCUUAAGGACCGAACUUUGGAAAUUCGAUCCAACUAAGUUUAAACUUAAUUCGGAUCGAACAUUAACUGGUUCAUUUCUCAAUCAAUCAUCUAUAUUAUUUAAUAAUAUAGGUUCAGGAUGGGCAGGAUUUAAAUUACUUAAAGACAUAAAUACUCGAGAUUAUGAAGUAGUAGUUGUAUCACCUAGGAACUAUUUCGUUUUCACACCGUUACUUGCUUCAUCAUCCGUAGGUACUUUGGAAUUCAGAUGCGUUGUCGAACCUGUCAGAAGGUAUUCGCCAAAGGUUCGGUAUUACCAAGCUUAUGCCGAUUCAGUAGAUCUUAAGAAACAAAUAGUUCAUUGUACUUCUAAUUUGGAUUAUAAGAGAGACAAAUUCACUAUCCAAUAUGACACGUUGGUUGUUGCAGUUGGCGCAAAUUCCAAUACUUUUGGAAUUCCAGGAGUUGGUGAUUACGCAUUAUUUCUAAAGGACAUUUCUGAUGCCCGCAAAAUACGUCAAAGGGUCAUUGAAUGCUUCGAGUAUGCAAGCCAACCGAAUGUAACUAAGGAAGAAAUACCCGGUAUAUUACAUUUUGCUGUUGUUGGUGGAGGUCCUACUGGUGUUGAAUUUAGUGCUGAACUUCAUGACUUUAUUACACAAGAUAUGUCUCGUCUAUACCCGGGUUUGAUCAAUUUGGUCACUAUGACUGUAUACGAUGUCGCACCUCAAAUUCUUGGGUCAUUUGACCAGAGUCUUAGAGAUUAUGCUAUCAAGAAAUUUACCCGUAAAGGUAUCCAAAUACGUACGGGUACGCAUGUAGAUGCAGUGAAAGCACGUCACUUAGUUAUAAAAGAAAAUGGGGAAGUACCAUAUGGGAUGUUAGUGUGGGCAACAGGUUUAACGGACAAUCCGCUGACACGAGCUAUGGGUGAACACAUAAUGAAAGAUCAAUCAGCAAAAAGGUUAUUGACGGAUCAUUAUUUCCGCGUUCUAAGCAAAGAUGAUGGCAUGCCCAUAAAUAACGUGUAUGCCAUUGGCGAUUGCGCAACGAUACAAGAUUACGAUCUUCCUGCCACAGCUCAAGUGGCAAAUCAAAAAGCAAACCAUUUACGAAAAGGCAGGACAAAUUUUCAUCAAAUUGACAUUGUGUUAACGUUUAAUAGAACUCCUUAA